GCCGCGCGGUGCGCUACUUCCCUGCAGCUUGGGCGAGGAGGCUUGUGUGCAGGCACACCCCCACGUCCCUUCGGCACCGCUGUCUCUGCUCCACUGGCCUCCGCUCCGCCCAGCCCUCGGCCACAAGCCGGUAGCGACAUGGCACACGCGGCGGUACGCUGCCCCAGCGCUCGCGGCUCCGGGGACGGAGAGAUGGGCAAGCCCAGGAAAGUGGCGCUCAUCACUGGCAUCACGGGCCAGGAUGGUUCAUACUUGGCUGAGUUCCUGCUGGAGAAAGGCUACGAGGUCCAUGGAAUUGUGCGGCGAUCCAGUUCAUUUAAUACAGGUCGAAUUGAACAUCUGUAUAAGAACCCCCAGGCUCAUAUUGAAGGAAACAUGAAGUUGCACUAUGGUGAUCUCACUGACAGUACCUGCCUUGUGAAGAUCAUUAAUGAAGUAAAGCCUACAGAGAUCUACAACCUUGGAGCCCAGAGCCAUGUUAAAAUUUCUUUUGACCUGGCUGAAUAUACUGCGGAUGUUGAUGGAGUUGGCACUUUACGGCUUCUGGAUGCAGUUAAAACCUGUGGCCUUAUCAACUCUGUGAAGUUCUACCAAGCCUCAACAAGUGAACUCUAUGGGAAAGUGCAAGAAAUACCCCAGAAGGAGACGACUCCUUUUUAUCCUCGGUCACCGUAUGGGGCUGCUAAACUCUAUGCCUAUUGGAUUGUGGUAAACUUCCGGGAAGCAUAUAAUCUCUUUGCAGUGAAUGGCAUUCUCUUCAAUCAUGAGAGUCCCAGAAGAGGAGCUAAUUUUGUUACUCGAAAAAUUAGCCGGUCAGUGGCUAAGAUUUACCUUGGACAACUGGAAUGUUUCAGCUUGGGAAAUCUGGAUGCCAAACGAGAUUGGGGCCAUGCCAAGGACUAUGUAGAGGCUAUGUGGCUGAUGUUGCAGAAUGAUGAGCCAGAGGAUUUUGUCAUAGCGACUGGGGAAGUCCAUAGUGUUCGGGAAUUUGUAGAGAAAUCGUUUUUGCACAUUGGAAAAACGAUUGUGUGGGAAGGAAAGAAUGAAAAUGAAGUGGGCAGAUGUAAAGAGACCGGCAAAAUUCACGUGACUGUGGAUCUCAAAUACUACCGACCAACCGAAGUGGACUUUCUGCAAGGAGAUUGCACCAAAGCGAAACAGAAGCUGAGCUGGAAACCCCGGGUCGCUUUUGAUGAGCUGGUGAGGGAGAUGGUGGACGCCGACGUGGAGCUCAUGAGAAACAACCCCAACGCCUGAGCGCGGCCGCGGCCGCGGACGCCCGCGCCGCCCCUGCCGGCCUGUGGUGGGUCCCCGCUUGGAAUCAGCUGGUGCGGGGCCGCAGGUGUGAACCCGGGAGGGGCGCGAGAAUCCCGCGGGUUCCCUGCUGACCCUCGCGGCCACUGCGCCUUGUCCCCGCCGUUAGGAUCCCGGGCCGCAGAGGUUUGUAGCAGCCGGGACGUGGCACUUCGGGGUUCGGCCCAAUUUCCUUUUGUCGAGGCCUCUUCUGAAUGGUUUUGUGAAAUCAACAAGAUGUUUUAAUCACACGUUCACUGUACUUGAAAUUAUGUCAUUAGACAACUGAAAUUGUGGGGCUUUCAAAUCGUUUUCAUCUUUUCUUAUUAAAAAUGGCCUUUCUAUGAACUAGCA